GUAACCGUUUCCCCUUUUCAUUUUCAUUUCUGUAUUUGCUUAAACUCUCUAAAAUUCUCUGAAGCGAAAUGCUCCAGCUUGAAGAACAGCACACCGAAUCGACUUCACAUCAGUUUCAGGUAAAAAUGGUUUCAUUAAGAGAACUCACAGAGCAACGAGGUAACCAGGGCAGAGAGGGAGAAGAGGAAGGGGUUUUGUCAGUGGAGCCUAUCACUAUGAUAGUGCCGCCUGAGUUGCAUGACUCACCAGAAACAAUGGCGCCUGAGGGAAACGCCAGUUCGAACGCUAGGGACGACGGCAGCGACCAUCCCACUGCAUCGUCUAGCAGUUUGUCCACCGAAGAGACACCCAGCCGUGAAGAAGGGAUGGGGGAUGUGGUGAGCAGUGUCUCAGAUCGGCUGGUGAUUGGGGAAUGGGAAGGCGUGACAAUCCCGGGCAGGUUGAGUAACCUACGAAAAGCACCGAAAGACCUGCCCGCUGGAUUCAGGUUCAAGGCUGCACUUCAUCACGAAGUAGCAGAUUGUGCGCCCUCCAUAAGUGGGUAUAAAAGGCUUGAGGAGAUGGUGAGGGCGUACCACAUCCCCAAAACCGUACUGCUAUGGACUGGCGGGCAGAACGAAAGGGCGUGCACAGUGUCGCAAACGGGCUGGAUACCAGUGUACGUGGACCACUUUGACGCCGGCCUGCGGUUUUCCCUGCCCGGAUUGGUGUUCGACCUGCUGGCGGAAUACGAGCUGGCGCUGACGCAGCUGACGCCCAACAGCAUAAGGCGCGAAGUGGUACUAUCUCUCCGGGAGAGACAAAAGCCAACUGUUCAAGAAUGUCCGGAACAAAGUAGCGAGCUGCUGCCUCGGGAUGUCGAUCUGAAGAACCAGCUGCUUGAGUAUGCGCAGAGGGAGGGUUUGAUAGAUCUAGAAGCCCUGAUUACCUCGGAGCAGCUCGCCGUGUUCGGGUUUGUCGAUGUGACAAACCUGUUCAGCAAAGGUGAAAUGAGCAGCAUACUGGAACGCCAGCGCCAACGUGCCCAGAGUUCCCGAGGCCGUGGGGCAAGCAGCGCGCAACCCCGGCAAACACGGUUCGACGAGCGGCCACCCCCUGCGCCUCAAUCACGCGGCUCGUCACACCGGGGAUCCAGCUCGUCAUCAAGGCCACGAGUAGAUCACAGAACUGAGGCUGCGGCUCGGGGCACGCGCAGAUGCGCACGUGAGGAGACAGAGAGCGAGGAGGAUGAGGUCCCCCUUGCUAGGCGCAGAACAAGCGGGGGGACUCAGCCCGCACAGGUGGCCCGUCCUGCAACCGUGCGUUCACCGAACGCAUCGUCAGUGACUGUGCGGGCAGCAGUGGAGCCCACCUCUGCACCGGCCUCGACGUCCGGCCCCAGGAUUGCUUAUCCUGAGGGCUUCAGCUAUGUGCGGGCAGAGUGUCAGCCCGCCAUGGUGCAAGCCAUGCACAGCUUUAUGCCCCCUAUGGAUAGCAAGCGGGCCAAAGCUUUUGUGCAGCAGCAUGGCGGCCAGGUCGCCAUGAUAAAACUUAUGGAUGCAUUCAGCUAUGCUGUGGCUCUGUACGAGAGUGAGCAGGUGGCUCGUACACAUAACAGCGAGCUCGGUUCCAAGUGCAAACAGCUGGCUGCUGAGAAGGCCAGCCUUGUGGACGAUGUGAAUCGUCUGCAAGGCUCUGAAAUGGCGAACCAAGUUGCGGCGGCAAAGGAUGAGACCGCCAGGGCCGAGGAGCGAGCUAAGAAGGCCGAGGUCGACAGGGACCAUGCUCAGCAUGAGCUGGGUUCCCUUAGGCAUCAGGUCACCGAGGCUGACAAAAACCUCACUGCUGCAGAGGAGGCGCUGAAUGACCUGAAGGCAUCUCAUGCGCGCUCUGUCAGCAUUGCUCGAGCCCAAGGAGCGGAAUGGUUGGUCGGCUCGUCCGCGUUCCAAGACGCAGUGGUGGUGGCGUCUGCUAACAUGACCACGAAGAUCUACAACGAGAUCCGUGGUAAGGUGCUGAACCACCGCCCGGACUUUCCCAUACGCGAGCUGGCGUUCUUCGACGGGGAAGAUAUUGACGAGCAGGGUCAGAGCCUUGCUCCCCUCGAUGAGACUACAGUGCGGCUGAGGUGGGACCUCAAUGAAGAGGGAGAACCGUCAAGUACACCUCCGAACUCUCAGCCCGCCAUGGAGCUGCCCGUCGAAGCACCAGCUGCCGAGCCUGCUGCUUGUUCGCCUCUGGCUCGCUCCUCUCCUCCAGCGGUUGAUGCGUCCAUGCCUGUCGACUUGACGGACGAUUAGGCUUAGAGAUUUUGUUUUUUCUUUUGUAUUUCCUUUUUGCGCAUUUUUGUAUUUGAUCAAUGGAUCCAUAUCACAUGUACGUUUAAUGUAAACACCUUUGAUGAAAUACAAAAAUGAAUGUUCC